AUGAAUGCGGAUCUCUCGGAAUGCUUCAAAGGUCCAGCCCGUCGUCCAAACACUCACAAUGCUGUGACCAGUACUUUGGAGGACGAGCUCGACCUCACCCUGAAUCUCGACAUCCGUGACUAUGUUUCGAAGCAAGAACAAAUUGAGUCCACCUCCGAUAGAGACGUGUGGCUUUCUCAGCCAGAGAUUCCUACAAAUAAAGAGCUGUUUGCCGACUCGGCGGAUCUUCUACCAAACAAGAUUGACGGCCCCUACAAGAGCAAGGAUCGAUACCUGAAAACGCACUACGAACUGCUCCGAGAAGAUGCGGUCGGCUGCUUUCGAGAUGCUAUCCAUGACUUCCGCAAGGAUCCCUCAACUGGAGACACACACAAAUUCUCGGUCUAUGAUCAAGUUCACGUCGUCGGAUUCACAUUCGCUCGACGAGGUCUGGCUGCCAGGAUCAGAUUCUCCACACGACGCGCAGGCAAACGAAUCAAGUGGCAAAACAGCAAGAGGCUUGUCAGUGGCAGCAUCGUCGCUCUAAUCCCUGCCAAGACGAAGUUGAUUGACUUGAACGAGCUGGUUGUGGCCAUCGUGGCCGCGAGACCGCUGCAAGGCGUUACGUGUGAGCCCCCAGAGAUCGAUAUUCACUUUGGCCGCCCAGAGGAUAUUCAACUCGAUACGCAAAAAGAGUGGCUCAUGAUCGAGGCGAAACAGGGAUACUUUGAAGCUUAUCGUCAUACGCUAAGGGCUCUGCAGAAGCUGAGCCAGGAGAAGUUUCCCUUGUCUGACCACAUCUGCCACCUUGAACCUUCAAAUGAGCCUCCUGCCCACCUUCAAAAAGACCCCGUCCUAGAUAUCAGUGCUGCCGCGACAGACCCUGCUCAGAAGAAAGAGUAUCAGAAGGUCGACGUCACAAAAGACUGGCCCAUUGGCUCGUCUAAUUCACUCGACAGCACGCAAUGGGAGGCUCUGAAAGAGAUCCUUACCAAGCGCCAUCCCAUUGUACAAGGUCCACCCGGUACCGGCAAGACGUAUGUCUCGCGUGUUGCGGUGGAAAUCAUGCAUGCCAAUCGAAAGCCAGACGACCCACCCAUCAUCAUUGCUGCCCAGACAAAUCAUGCACUCGACCAACUGCUCGGACACAUUUCUCUCUUUGAACCAAACUACAUCCGACUGGGAGGCAGAUCCACCAAGCCCGAAGUCAAGAAACGAGCUCUUUUCGAAAUCCGGCAGGAAGAGAGGAUCAAGCCCAUCCCAGGAGGCCUCUUCGGCAAGUCGAACACUUUGUUGACAAAGCAAACCAAGGGUUUGAUAGAGUUACUUGAACCAUUUGUCAUGCCUGGUCCUGACCCUUGGUCCACUGAUCAAGUUUCCGGUCCCAAGAUGUUGCAGAAAUUGGGAGUGCUCACCGCGCAGCAAGCAAAGUCACUGGAAGACGGCGCGACGCAAUGGGUCUCCGCGGACGCCGCUCUCAAUGCUCCCAUACGACUGUGGCUGGGCAAAUCACUGGUGCCUUUCGAGGUCGAUUACGUCCAAGAGAACUACGGCUUUGAGGAAGGUGACGAUGACGACCUUGAAUUUGAGCAGCUCAGAGAAAACGAAGACUCCACGGGCGUCAAUGAUGAAGAAGACGUUGAGAUGUUGAGAGGCCCAUGGCGUGAACUUCGCGACAAAUUCAUGGUCCCGGAACCUGCUACAACAGAUCUUAGCAGAGCAGCCAAGCUCCUCGAAACCGUGACAGACAUGUGGAAGGUCCCACCCUACUACCGUGCUCAUGUGUAUCAUAUCAUGCAGGCUCAAGCAAAGGCCAAGAUCACUAGCAGGUUCCGCGAAGAUGCGAAGGUCUACAACAAGCUAGUGAAAGAUAACCUUGUUGGCAAGUGGGAACAAGAUAUUGUCUACCUGCGACGAGCUUCUAUCAUUGGCAUGACCACCACCGGUUUGAGCAAAUAUAGGCCGCUGAUCUCGGCUCUCAAGCCUAAAGUGAUCCUCAUCGAAGAGGCUGCUGAAGUCUUGGAAGCUCCUGUCACGGUAGCCUGCACGGAGAAGCUUGAACAUCUCAUCCUCGUUGGGGACCACCAGCAACUACAAGGCCAUUGCAGCGUACAAGAGCUGGAGAAUGAGCCUUUCCACCUGAACGUGUCGCUGUUCGAAAGACUGGUACGAAACAAGAUGCCCUAUACGACGCUGCUCCAGCAACGCCGCAUGAUGCCAGAGUUUUGCCGCCUCGUCGCCCCCUUAUACCCGGGCCUCACCAACCAUCCAAGCGUUGUCAAUCGUCGGCUCGAGACAUGGGGAACAGGCGAGGUCAGAUCCUUCUUCUUUGAUCACCCGUGGUGGGAAGCGAAAGACGAAUCGUUCUCGAUUUUCAACCCCGAAGAAGCAAAAUUCGUUGCCGGUUUUUACCGCUACCUGUUCAGAAAUGGUGUCGAUCCCACCCGGAUUACCGUCUUGACGUUCUACAACGGACAACGUAAGCGAAUCCUCCGUGAGUUGAAGGAGUUCCCUGAGUUUCGUACAUACGUUAACGUGAAGACGGUCGAUUCGUACCAAGGCGAAGAAAAUGACAUCGUCAUUCUGUCGCUGGCUCGAAACAAUCAAGAAGGCAAGAUUGGCUUCUUGGAGAACGUCAACAGGAGCUGCGUGGCGCUGUCCCGAGCAAAAUUUGGGUUCUAUCUUUUCGGCAAUUCUAAUAUCCUCAUGCGCAACAGCUUGCUGUGGCAAAACGUCAUCACUCUGAUGGAUUCAAGGCCUCGACGGCGAGGUGAAGAAUUUCCGGUGAUGUGCAAGCGCCAUAAUAUCACCACGCUAAUGAGCUAUCCGGAGGAUUGGGAGAAGACCGACGGUGGCUGCGCGCAACCAUUGUGUGGGACAUUGUAG